AUGAGCCCAGCUCUCUGUGACAUUGUGUCUUCUCUGCAGAGAAGUGGAACCUUUAUCAACACUCUGAUUGCUGCUUUGACCAUCGGUGGGCAACAGCUCUUCUCCUCUUUCACAUUCAGCUGUCCCUGUCAGGCUGGGAAAAAUUUCUACUAUGGUUCUGCUUUUCUGAUCAUUCCUGCCUUAAUCCUUCUGGUUGCCGGCUUUGCUCUGAGGAGCCAGACGUGGACAAUCGCCAGUGAAUACUGCUGCAGCUGUGUCCCUCAGCUCCGGAAGAUCAGCCUCCUGGAGCGCAGGCUGGCUUGCCUUCACUUCUUCGGCAUCACGGGAAGGGCACUUAUUGCUCCAUUAACGUGGCUGGCGGUGACCCUGCUGACGGGCACGUACUACGAAUGUGCGGCAAGUGAAUUCGCAUCUGUGGACGAUUACCGAGCGUUUGACAAUAUCAGUGCGGGCGAACGGCAAGAGAUCCUAGCCGGGUUUCCGUGCUGCAGAUCAGUUCCAUCCAAUAUGAUCCUGGUCAGAGACGAAGUAGCUCUGCUACAUAGAUACCAGUCACAGAUGCUGGGCUGGAUUCUGAUCACCUUGGCAACCAUCACUGCCCUAGUCUCCUACUCUUUGGCAAGAUGCUGCUCACCCCUCACCGCCCUGCAGCAUCGCUACUGGACCAACCACCUCCACAACGAGAGGGAGCUCUUUGAACAAGCCGCAGCACAGCAUUCACGGCUCCUCAUCCUGCAGCGUAUAAAGAAGCUCUUUGGCUUCAUUCCUGGAAAUGAAGAUGUCAGACACAUCCAUAUUCCUUCAUGUCAGGACUGGAGAGAGAUGUCAGUCCCCAGCUUUCUCUGCAUGGGUAAUGAUGUGCAAGGUAACUACAGCUUCCUUGCAGGCAGGGUGGAUGAGGAUAAUGAGGAAGGCAGAUCAGGAGGUAUUGAAUUAAAACCUUAA